AGUUUUCUUAUAUGGAUAUCCAGUUUCUUUGUUCAGCCCUUUUCUUCUCUGCUGGCCUCUACUUCUUUUUCUCAAAAAUAAUCACUGGGUUUAGAAGCUUCAACCCACCUGAUUCAAACAAAAACCUUCCUCCACAGCCAUGGAAGCUCCCUCUAGUUGGCCACUUACAUCAUCUCCUAGGAACACCACCACAUCAUGCUCUAAGAAAUAUAGCCCGAAAACUAGGACCAGUUGUUCAUCUACAACUGGGCCAAGUCUCUGCUGUCAUAAUCUCAUCUCCUCCUUUGGCAAGACAGAUAAUGAAAACUCAUGAUCUCUCUUUCGCAAACAGGCCCAAGCUUCUCAGUGCUGAGAUCAUCGCGUACAACUACAAGGACAUAGCAUUCGCCCCUUACGGUGAUUACUGGAGACAAAUGCGUAAGAUAUGUGUCUUGGAGCUUUUAAGUGCGCGAAAAGUUCAAUCGUUUAGAUCUAUUCGUGAACAAGAGUCAUGGGACCUCAUUGAGUCCAUCUCUACUCAAAGAUUGAAAACAAUCAAUCUUUCAGACAAGAUUUUCACCAUGAUUAACACCAUCGUAAGUAGGAUUAGUGUUGGGAGCAGAUGCAAGGAUCAAGACAUGCUUCUUGAAUUGAUUAGGGAGGGUAUGGAUCUAUCUGGUGGUUUUGAUGUUUCUGAUCUAUUUCCAUCUAUCACAUUACUGCCUCGAAUUACUGGUACAAGGAAAAAAAUGGAGAUGAUAAGCAAAAAGGCGGACGCGAUAUUGAAUAACAUCAUCUUGGAGCACAAAGAACGCCAUGCCAGCCACGCGAAUGAAGAAGAUCUUGUUGAUGUUCUAUUGAGGCUCAAAGAUGAUGAGUGCUUCAAUUUUCCGUUAAAUCUUUACAACAUUAAAGCAGUCAUAGUGGAUAUGUUUGCAGCAGGAUCUGAUACUUCUUCGGUGACAGUUGAAUGGGCUAUGUCAGAGCUAAUGAAGAAUCCAAGGGUGAUGAAGAAGGCACAAGAUGAACUCAGGAAUGUACUUAAAGAAAAGACAAAAAUCCACGAGUCGGAUAUUCAAGAACUAGACUACCUUAAACAAGUUAUUAAGGAAACCUUAAGGUUGCACCCUCCUCUUCCAUUUUUAUUACCUAGAGAGUGUCGUGAGGAUUGUGAGAUUGGAGGAUUCCAUAUACCAAUCAAAACAAAAGUUAUAAUCAAUGCGUGGAUGAUUGGGCGCGACCCAGAUUAUUGGAUUGACCCGGAAAGUUUCAUACCGGAGCGAUUUAGUGAGAGCACUCUUAACAUCAUGGGAACAAAUUUUGAAUAUCUCCCUUUUGGGGCCGGAAGAAGAAUGUGCCCGGGCAUCCUCUUGGGGUUGGCUAACGUGGAGCUUCCUCUCGCGAUGCUACUCUAUCACUUCGAUUGGGAACUUCCAAGUGGACCAACAUCUAAAAAUUUUGAUAUGUUCGAGUCUUUUGGAGCUACUCUAAAGCGAAAGAAUGACUUGCUUUUAGUUCCACAUCCUUACAACACCGACUAUUAAUGUAUUUUGUAUUGAAAUGUUUGUUUUUGAUUGAGUUUAAGCUCUUUAAAUGUAACAAUGUUGUGACUCAAGAAAUAAUUUAAAUUUAUAAUAUCUUUUUAAACAAAAAA